AUGACCCUGAGCUAUGUGUUCUCAGUGUUCCUGAAGGAGCUGCCUGGCUACGUGCUCUUUGCUGGGAUCUUCAUGCCUGUGACUUUACUCCUGCUGCUGCUCAUUGCCUACCUCAGGACCAAACUGUCAGAAGCCACAGGUGGGAGAAGAAAUCACUAACUGAAGAGAGCCUGGAAAUCCCAGCAGCAGCUACCUGAACAGUUACA